CUUCCCUCUAAUGCAAUCUAUAAAUCCUCUGCGAGAUGAUACUUGCUGUGCAGAUUCCAUCAGCUGACCCGUCCCCCGGUUGGUUAGAGAUAGAGAGCAAAUCCAUGGUCACAGGAUGGAUUUUGCCAUGAUGAUGAGCUGACAGAGGCGACAUGCUCUGUGUUUGCUGGAUACAGAAUAGCUUCAGGCAAGGGAGUCUUGCCUGUUCAUACAGCGUUAGUAUCCACACAGUGCACAUAUGGAGGACACCACAAUGCCAUUGGUCUGAACCUGCUCAUCAGAAAAGAAAAGCAAAACCUAAUACUUCUCACUUUAAUACAUUAAUUUAAUGAUAAGAAAGUCAAUGGGCUUUGGAUGCUCUGUUGAAGUCCUAAAUACAAAGUGCAGUGGAUUCUGGGAGUAGAGGAGCCAUGUUAUCUGGGAGCAGUGACUUGUUCCAUUCUCUGUGCCACCAGAGAAAUGAUGAGGAGGCGGUGGUGGACAGAGGUGGAACUCGUUCUCUUCUGAAAACACACUUUGAAAAAGAAGAUUUAGAAGUCCACAGAACAUUGUUCAUUGGAGUUCACGUCCCUCUCGGUGGGAGGAAAAGUCAUCGGCGUCACAGGCAUCGUGGACACAAACACAGAAAAAGAGAUAGGGAACGUGACUCGGGGCUAGAAGAUGGACGAGAAUCACCUACAUAUGACACACCAUCCCAAAGGGUCCAGUUUAUUCUUGGCACAGAGGAUGAUGAUGAAGAACACAUUCCCCAUGAUCUCUUCACUGAGCUGGAUGAGAUUUGCUUACGUGAAGGUGAAGAUGCAGAAUGGAGAGAGAUGGCAAGGUGGUUGAAGUUUGAAGAAGAUGUUGAAGAUGGUGGUGAAAGAUGGAGCAAGCCAUAUGUCGCCACAUUGUCACUUCAUAGUUUAUUUGAGUUGAGAAGUUGUAUCCUACAUGGGACUGUUCUUCUAGACAUGAGAGCGAACACCUUAGAAGAAAUUGCAGACAUGAUUCUUGAUCAGCAAGUAGCCUCUGGGCAGCUAAGUGAAGAUGUUCGUCACAGAGUCCACGAGGCAUUAAUGAAACAUCAUCACCAUCAGAACCAGAAGAAACUAAGCAACAGAAUUCCAAUAGUCCGGUCAUUUGCUGAUAUUGGCAAGAAACAGUCGGAGCCACAUUCCAUGGAUAAAACUGGUCAGCUUGUGUCUCCGCAGUCUGCUCCCUCCUGCAUUGAGCAUAAGAAUGAUGUCAGCAGAGAGAACAGUAGCCUAGAUGUUACAAAGUUUGACUUGCAUUUUAUGAAGAAGAUCCCUCCAGGAGCAGAAGCUUCCAAUAUUCUAGUAGGAGAGCUGGAAUUUUUAGAUCGAGCUGUAGUAGCCUUUGUUAGACUCUCACCAGCAGUGCUGCUCUCUGGACUUACAGAAGUUCCUAUUCCUUCUAGGUUUUUAUUUGUACUUUUGGGACCACUCGGAAAGGGACAGCAAUAUCAUGAGAUUGGAAGAUCAAUUGCGACUCUCAUGACAGAUGAGGUAUUUCAUGAUGUUGCUUACAAAGCUAAGGAUCGAAAUGACUUGGUUGCUGGGAUAGAUGAAUUUUUAGACCAAGUCACUGUGCUUCCUCCAGGAGAGUGGGACCCUACAAUUCGAAUUGAGCCACCCAAGAAUGUUCCAUCUCAGGAGAAACGUAAAACUCCAGGAGUUCCAAAUGGGACAGCAGCAUUGGGUGAGCCAGAGGAGCAUGGGGGGCAUAGUGGACCAGAGUUACAGAGAACUGGAAGGUUGUUUGGGGGACUGAUAUUAGACGUCAAGAGGAAAGCUCCGUUCUUCUGGAGUGACUUCAAGGAUGCUAUCAGCUUACAAUGUUUAGCUUCAGUCUUGUUCCUUUACUGUGCUUGCAUGUCUCCUGUUAUCACAUUUGGAGGUCUUCUUGGAGAGGCAACUGAAGGUCGUAUAAGUGCAAUAGAAUCUCUUUUUGGAGCAUCUAUGACAGGAAUAGCCUUUUCCUUGUUUGGUGGACAGCCGCUAACAAUUUUGGGGAGCACAGGACCAGUGUUGGUGUUUGAAAAGAUAUUAUUCAAGUUUUGCAAGGAUUACGACCUAUCAUACCUUUCAUUAAGGGCAAGCAUAGGUCUUUGGACUGCUUUUAAUUGCAUUUUCCUGGUCGCCACUGAUGCAAGUUCCCUCGUGUGUUACAUUACCCGCUUUACAGAGGAAGCAUUUGCUGCUCUCAUCUGCAUCAUUUUCAUUUAUGAGGCCUUAGAAAAGCUGUUUCAUCUAGGUGAGACAUAUCCAAUCAACAUGAAUAAUAAUUUGGAACUUCUAACACAGUAUUCAUGUAGUUGUAUGGAGCCAGAAAAUCCCAGCAAUAAAACCCUGAAUUAUUGGAAGGCAUCUAAUAUAACUGCUUCGGAAAUAUCAUGGAACAACCUAACUGUGGAUGCUUGCCAUAAAUUCCAAGGAGAUUUUAUCGGUAGAGCCUGCGGACACGAAGGGCCUUAUGUUCCUGAUGUGCUUUUUUGGUCAGUCAUCUUAUUCUUUGCAACUGUUACAAUGUCAUCGACACUGAAACAAUUCAAAACCAGCCGCUAUUUCCCAACAAAGGUCCGAUCCAACAUCAGUGACUUUGCUGUUUUUCUCACUAUCUUGACCAUGGUAAUAAUUGACUAUUGUAUUGGAAUUCCAUCUCCUAAAUUACAAGUCCCAAAUGAAUUCAAGCCUACAAGAGAUGAUCGUGGUUGGAUUGUUAACCCAUUAGGACGCAACCCUUGGUGGACAGUAGUUGCUGCAAUCGUUCCAUCUUUCCUAUGUACUAUUCUAAUCUUUAUGGACCAACAGAUUACAGCUGUUAUUAUCAACAGGAAAGAACACAAGUUAAAGAAAGGAUGUGGCUAUCACCUUGAUCUUUUGAUGGUGGGAGUGAUGCUUGGUGUAUGCUCUAUCAUGGGACUUCCAUGGUUUGUAGCUGCUACUGUCCUCUCUAUAACACAUGUCAACAGUCUGAAACUGGAAUCUGAGUGCUCAGCGCCAGGAGAACAACCUAAGUUUUUGGGUAUCCGUGAGCAAAGAGUGACUGGGCUCCUGAUUUUUGUUCUGAUGGGCUCUUCUGUUUUCAUGACACGGAUUUUGCAGUUUAUUCCAAUGCCAGUCCUCUAUGGAGUCUUUCUUUACAUGGGAUCCUCAUCACUAAAGGGAAUUCAGUUUUUCGAUCGGACACUGCUCUACUGGAUGCCUGCAAAGCACCAGCCAGAUUUCAUCUACCUAAGGCAUGUCCCCCUCCGUAAGGUUCAUCUCUUCACCAUCAUUCAGCUCAGCUGUCUUAUACUUCUGUGGGUGAUAAAAGCUUCUAGGGCUGCCAUUGUGUUUCCAAUGAUGGUCUUAGCUCUGGUGUUUGUAAGGAAAUUAAUGGACCUUUUUUUCACCAAACGGGAACUAAGCUGGCUUGAUGAUUUAAUGCCAGAAAGUAAGAAAAAGAAACUGGAGGAUGCCCAAAAAGAGGAAGACGAAAGCAUGUUGGUACUGGAAGAUGAGGUUACAGGGCAACUACCACUUGAAGAGAAUUUCAGGGAGGACCCGUCAGUAAUAAACAUUUCCGAUGAAAUGGCAAAAACAUCUGUGUGGAAGACUAUGCUCAUAACCUCAGACAAUUCAAAGAGUAAGGAAUCCAGCAUACCCACUAAAAGCAAGAAAAAGAAAAAGGCUGCCUCAGGGAAAGGAUUCGACAGGGAGACUUGUCUCUGACUUGCUCUUCAGUCUAUUUUUACUAGAAGAGGUGAAGAUGAAUUGUGUUGUAUUGGAUCACUCAGCUGGAAAUUGUCCCAUCCUUUAGCAGUGCAAUAUAUAACUAUUUUUAAACAGAAGCUGUACCCCUUUCACUGUCAGAUGAGUCAGCAAUAAAGUAUUUUUAUGCGGAGGGGUGUUAGGCAAAAGUGAUUUUUUUUUUUUUUUUUGCAGAAUACUCUAUGGAUUACAUAGCUACACAUUUGCACACCAUUUUUGUCUGCUUACUUGCACUGCUAUUGGCCAUAUCAGACUUAGAGAUUUAUCAAAGGUUGAAUUGGGAUUUCCUGACAUUUUCUCAGCCGUUCUAAUCACAUUUAUUAACCUUUUCCUGAUAUUAUGUUAUUUCCAAAUCUACCAUUUCUCCUACUGGCUUUUCAUAAGAAAUUGUUGAUCAGUCACAUUCUAUUGUUUUCUAGGGGAAAUUUUAUCACACAACUGAUUUAUAAAAUCACAGGAAAAACAAAUCUGAAUUGGGCUAAUUUUAAUGCAAUACAAGUAUGGUUUUUUGAAUUUUUGGGUUAAUUUAAAAUUUUGAAUCCUUGGGCAUUAUCAACAAAGCCAUGUGAUUAUGGUUUCAUAUUAGAGGCAGAAUAGGCCAGGCUAAUUAUUCACCUUUUAAUAAAUUUUGACAAUUUCAUUCACUUUUAUACUUUGGCAGUUAAUGUAUAUAGCUGUAUAUGUACCAGAUGAUAGAUUUAGUUUAGAGCUUAACAGAUAUUCUAUCUUAGAAUUUAAUUAAUCUCAUUCAGAUAUUGCACAUACCCCAAAGGUACCUCUGGUCUUAAUGGACUAAAAGCAGAGAAAGGUUGCAAAUAAUAUCCUCCUUAGAAAACAUGUAUGGGACUUUAUAUCUGGAAUUCCAUUAUUCAGAAUAAUCUAAAACCAGAAAUGCAUUUUUACAUAUUUCAAAAAACCCUUAAACUACAGAAUUUUGAUAAAUCUGCUUCUAAAUAUCAGAUCUGGUUGACAAUUAUUCAAAGCAAUUACUGAUAGGGGUGCAAGUGCAAAAUGCAUGGUGCAAGGCACCAUGUUUUUUGCAAUUUGCAUCACCUCAUUUGGCUGCAGGUCAGAAGUUGUUAGCUUGUUGCCCUGAAUUAUUCCUCUAGUCCUUUUAGUAGCUGUAUGUGAUAUAUUGUACUUUGCAGUAAGUCAUAUAGAAAGAACUUCUGGUUGGAAAAAACAUAAAUAAAUCUAAAAACAUUUAUGAGGGAAAUAAAUAAGAGUUAUUAACAGAAAAAUAAACACAAAUCGCCUUUGCAUAUUUUUAAAAUAUAAAUUUUCAGAACCUGCAGACUAUUUUCAAAAAGAAAGAAAACAAUAUGUAUUUUAAACGCAUUUAAAAUGUUGACAUUUUGAACAAAUGCCAUGGAAUACUGUAUUUCAUUAUGUACAUUUUCUUUUUUAACUUUAUGAAUUUUAUUCCACAUAUUACUUUUAUUAAAUUCUCCCAGUCUUGUCUAUUCAAAAUUGAUAUUCAGUUGAAAAAAAUUAUGAGCACAGUUGUAUCUUCCAUGUUGAUCAUAAGAGGAGUUUUUUUUAUAUCUUGAAAAAGACAUUCUCCACUAUUUGUUUUGCAUGAAAGACCUCAGAACCGUUAUGCCAGUUGCUUUUUAUUUAUGAGGUAACUGUAACUGAGCUCAUUUUGUAUUAUCAAGUUGUGAAAUUAACUUUAAAAAUUCAUUGAAAGCAACUUUGUUGAGGUGAAGACACUUUUUUGCUGUUACGUCAACUGUUUUCAUAGCAUACAAUACACAAUAUUUAAAAAUACAGUAACUUCCAGACAUUUGGGGCUACAAGUCAAAAUAUUUUUUUUAUAUUUUAGAAAAACCUUGUUAUAAGAUGAAAUUAAAAAGCAAAAACAAUAUAAUUAUUUUAAAAGUUUAGUAUUACCCACUAUUUUGGCAACAAUAGCUAUAGUACAGAUAAUGAAUUUCAAUCAAUAGCAACAAAAAUAAUUUGUACCGCAAGAUUCUGGGCUCUAUUUUGAGACUGUGUACAUAUUUAUAUACCUAGAAAUAUGUAAGUAUAUUUAGACAACUCCAGCAAAAUACAAAACAAUACAAUACUUUUGUAAUACCUAGAUAUAUAAAAUUAUUUUUUUUUACUUUUGCUCUCUCAUAGAAAGUCAAAUAUCAGUAUUUUCAGUUCUGAGUGUGGAGAUGAGUAUUACAAAUUAAAUUUAACAUUAGAGCUCCUUACAAGAGAUGCCAACAGGCUUGUAUAUACAUUUUACACUUCUGUACAUUAUAUCCCUUAAAACUAUUCCUGUUGGCUUUUAUUGAUUUCUACACAAGGAACCAUAAUGCACAUCUCUGUUUGUCGCCAAAGUGUUAUGAACUAACCCCAUGUGUAGGUUUUCUUGUCACAGCAUUUUGCGGGAAAAUUUAUGAUCCAUUGAUGUCUGGGUAAAACAAGAUCAGACAACAUCUUUGCAACUUUGUUGUAUUUUCUGAUUUCAAUUGCCUUUUUUUCUCCAUUUGGGAUUUCCCCCUACAAUAUUUAUUUUUGAAAUAAAAAAAUGAACAACUCACCACCUAAAUCUUAUUAGAUUUAGGUGGCGAGUUAUUUUUUAUUUUAAAAAAUAAAUAUUGUAUUGGGAAAUCCCAAGCUUUUCAUUUUUAAAAUAAAAUUAGAAAAAAAAAAUCCUACAUAAAAAGGGUAGUGGAAGCUAGAUAAAGAAAUCAGAUUUUCUGACAUCAUUUCAAACGAAUCGGACCAUCGAUGGCUAAUAAAUAUUCUCCCGCUAUGAACCCAUUAGAGUUGGGAGAUCACAGCGGCAUCGCUGCAUUAGUCUCGGAUUAUUGUUUUAACAUAUGUUGAAUCUGUCACUUGCUACUGUUUUUAUGUAUGUGGCGUACAUUGUAUUAUUUAUUGUUAUUAACCAUAAGGACCUACAAAAAUGUAAAUGUGUGACUUUCGAUGCUCAUGUUUUAAUGAAAUAUGAAACAACCUUUUUUCCCCACCAGUUUAAUGAGAUGGAGUGUGUGUUGCAGAGCAUUUUGUACUCUAUAAUGGCCUUCUAUACCCUUAAAGAUUCCUAUUGAACCAUGCUUAGUCCUAGUAAAUUCCAGCACUGGCAUAGUGUUAUGCUGAUUUGCUCUGUAUAGUCAAUGAAAACCCCAGCAGUCAAGUGGAUAAUGACCCUAUGUGACUGACUACACCCACAAUUAAGCAAUAUAAUGCAUCUCAACAUUCCAAAUGAAUUUUAUGGUCAUGCGCACUACUUACCAGGGAAGAAUAGCAGCAGAUAGCAUCAUGGAAAACUCAGAUUCUUUAAAAAAACAAUUCCAUUGAGUAUUUGAAUUAAGUUUUGUUUAUGUUUAUGUGACUGUCAGUGAAUGUUUGUGAAAUUCUCGUUUAUUCCAGCCAAUUCAACUGCAGAAAAAAAGUAUGCAGAAUGCAACCUACGUGAUGUUCAGCUUCCCUUUAAUUUCAUAUUUACAGUAAUAAAGAAAAACAGUUUUGAUGUUAUUUAUUACAGAUGUUUAUGUAAUGUGUGCUUGUGCAUACGUUGUGAUUUCACCUUCAGGUUACAUAAAGAAAAUAAAUAUUUAGUACCUUU